UGUGUCCGGUGUACACCAAAAGAUAGGAAAUUCAUUCACCUUCUCAAAUACUUGGAGAACGAGAGAGGAGAGAGAAUGGCGUCAGGAUGGGGAAUAUCAGGGAACAAGGGAAGAUGCUACGAUUUCUGGAUUGACUUCAGCGAGUGUAUGUCUCGUUGUCGUGAACCCAAGGACUGCUCCCUCCUUCGCGAAGAUUACCUCGAGUGCCUUCAUCACUCCAAAGAGUUUCAAAGAAGGAACAGGGUGUACAAGGAAGAGCAGCGUCAGAUAAGAGCAGCAGCGAGGAAGGCCAAGGGUGAAGACGACAAUGAAAUUCAUCACUGAUACUGGCUAUUAUGUCCAUUCUUGAAUUUCCUUAAUAAAAUUAUGUAAUGUGUUUUUGUAUUUGAUUUAAACUGGCAUUGGAGCUUAUGGGUGUUUGCAGUGCUGAUUUUGAGUUAGUCAUCAUGUGCAAGGAGGUUUUUAAUCCAUAUCACCAUAUCUGCAUUUCACAUUUGGGAUCAAGUGUGUAAAACUUGGCUUUUAUGACAAACAUUGCACAAAUAGUUCUGGACUUCAGAAUGUCA